UACAUUUGGUGUAACUGUAGUCCAUGCUUAUCAGGUGAGGUAAUGUAUAAUUAGACUGCUUGAGAUAAUGAUUGAUCAGUUGGACUUUAUGAUUUGCAAUUCUACGUACAAAGCGGCCUCGUCAUGUCAUAUACUGGUGUUAAUUAUUACAUUGUGAGCCAGGGACUGGUAAUAUACUGAUGGACUGUUUUCAUCCGAAACACAGCCACUACUAGAGCAUAAUCCAUUUGUCUCUUUUCUUUUAAAGAACACCUUUAUUAUCUUUUUUUUAACGAAUCUAUUUAUCAAAUGACGUUUUUAAGUUCAAAUGUGAAAUUUUCGGACGUUGACCACAAUCGAUUGUUUGGAUCAAAAUGGCGUCAUACACAUGGACCAUGAGUGAUAAUUUGAGAAAAAAAGCUGAACUUGAACUUGGAGAGACACCUAGCGUGAGGGAAAGUGCGAUACAAAAGCUCAGGGAACGCAUGGAAGAGCGAAAUGAUAUAGUAUUCAAUACCGAUUCCAGAUUUUUGAUACGUUUUUUACGCGCGAAAAAGUUUGAUGUAGAUCGUGCAUACAAAUCGAUUGUAAAGUACUACGAACUUCAUGUUAAACAUCCAGAUUUUUUUGAAAAAUACCACCCAACUGGUAUCAAACAUGUUUUAGAUGAUGGCUACCCCUACGUACUGGAAUCAACUGAUAGUGAAGGAAGACAUAUAGUAGCUAUGAAGACAGGUCAUUGGGAUCCAAGAGAAUAUCCGAUUACUGACAUCGCUCUAGCUCUCUUUAUGGUGAUUGAUCAACUUGUAGAAGACGAAGCUGCACAAAUCAAUGGUGUCAUCCUUCUCUUUGAUCUUGAAGGAGUCAAUAUAUCUCAGGCCAUGUGUUUGACCCCUUCAGUUGCUAAGAAACUUACUUCUAUAUUCCAGAACUGUGUACCAGUAAGAGUUCAGGGAAUUCAUUUCAUCAAUGAAAGUUUACUAUUCGAUGGAGCCUUUACGAUAAUCAAACCAUUCAUGCAAGAGAAGAUCAGAAAACGGGUCAGACUACACGGUCAGAACUUGGAAACUCUCCACGAAUACCUAUUACCUUCCAUACUUCCAGACACGUUCGGUGGAGAGAUAAUCAACUAUGAUUCGUUACCAUGGCGACAAGCAUUCUUGGAGAGGGAUCUACGAUGGCAACCAUCACAAGAAGAGGGUGUUUUACAGAAGAAGAAAAAGGGAAAGAAAUGAGCGAGAAAAGAUGAUAAAUGAAAAUCAAUAUUGUACUUAUUUUGCCUUAAAAUGUUGUAGGCCUAUAUAUAUUGAUCUAUCCGGCCAUGCUAGAUAGUUGUGAUAUGGUUUAAGCCAACAAUGAAAAAAAAUGUUUUAAACAACUUUGCCGUCUUGUAACAUCAUAACUAAAUUUUGUUUUGCCAAUGGUAUCGGUUGUGAAAAUUAUGAAUGCUUAUGACAGGUUUUGACUUUUGAUGGCUAAAGCAACUGAUAUCAAUUGCAAGUCUGCAUAAAUUUACCUCGAGCUGAGAUUGUUUACUUUGCUCCAAUGUUCCUCAUGGCGAAAAAAGGUGUUCCCAUUCAAGUGACAAUCCUCAUGAUUUGCUGGCACAAAGGGACUGUCAUUAUGAUCUCCGAAGAUCUAUACGCGAGUUUCUGUUUUGAAAUAUUUUCAUUGUUGACAGGUCACAGUUAUUCUUGUUUUUUUAUGUUUUAAUUCAUCGCGAGAUAAAAUGAAAGAGUAUCUUAAAAAACAUAUUGGCAAAAAAUGCGAUUCCACAUUUAAUACUCAGGCAUUCGGCGACAUUUACUGCAGGUGACUAAAUUGUUAAGUAAAUUGUUUUUUAUUACAAAAAUGUGUGUUUUAAAACAUAAAAACAUGUACUUUAAAACAUAAAACGAUAUAGCUUUUAGCGGUUUUGAAUACGCAAUCUAUUAUGUAUAUCAGAAUUGAAUUUGAAUCGAAUCCAGUUUCCAAAUUCAUAACAAAAUAUAAUUAAAUAAUACAAGAAAUACGUUUGAUACAUACAGAAUGCAGAAGAUAAUGACAAUGGCAGUGAAUAAGAGUGAAAUAUGAAGGGACCUGCAUAAAAAGCAGGGAUUGUAACGUCUGCAGGUUCCUUACAAUACUUAUGAGAUGAGCAAUCAGAAAAAAUAGGUGCUAUUCACUACAUGCCAUGUUUGCAUGCAGCAUUGCUGUAUGUUUUGGACUGUAGCAUAUAAACACCCUUUAAUCAAUCAGAAUCUGAUCAGGGAAUUCCCUGAUCUGACCAGGGAUGUCUUCAUCACAAUCUUCAGCAUGAGAAGAGCAACAGCAGUGAUUGACAAACUAUUUCAACUAAGUUUGAUAAUGGAAAAUGCACACUGAUUGAGAUAACAUGUCAUGCUUGUCAACUUCGUGCAUUUCAACAACUGCAUUUUUUGUUUCAUUUACUGUUCUUGUUAGUAAGUAAAUGAGGUAAAGUUAAUUCACUCCCGGUCUAUUGGCAUAAAAAAUAAAUUUCAAAUGGUCAAGUUCGCUUUGACAAAAGUGUGAUACACUGAUGUGCAUCUUAUAUCAUUUUCUUUCAGGUUAACGCACUGGUUCCCCUAUCAAUCAGCAAUGAAAUGCAAUUCUGGAUAUAUCUUGCCCUGUUGAGCCUGGGUAUAUCGGGGAAAUGUCCCUGAUCGGAUGCUCAAUGUUAAGAUGGGUGUUAACCUAUGGUGUUAACAUGUUUUACGGACAAUACAUAAAUUCAACAGUGGAACGCGCUGAAAUGCACCAGUUUCGCAACAGGAUGUGUAUUCAUGACUGCUGAAGCGAGACCACUUAAAUGAUAAGUGCCACCCCAACAAAAAGUUGAUUUGAAUAAAAAGAGAAAAAUGCAUCAAGCACAACACUGAAAAUGUCAUC